AUGACCAAACCAGCCAUUGGCUUCGUCGGCCUCGGCGCCAUGGGCUUCGGCAUGGCCACGCACCUGGUCCACGAAGGCUACCCCGUCCACGGCUACGACGUCUUCCCCGCCUCGAUCGACCGCUUCCAAGCCGCGGGGGGCAUUGGGGCUGCCUCGCUGCGCGCCUCCGCCGAAGACAAAUCCAUCUACGUGUGUAUGGUGGCCUCCGCGCCGCAAGUCCAGAGCGUGCUCUUCGGAGACGAGGGCAUUGUGCAGUCCCUCCCCAAAUCCGCCACCCUAAUCCUAAUGUCCACCAUCCCGGCCACAACCGCCCAAUCCCUCGCCCAAACCAUCCACACCACCCGCCCCGACAUCUUGGUGGUUGACGCCCCCGUCUCCGGCGGCGCCCUGCGCGCCGCAGCCGGCACCCUCUCCAUCAUGGCCGGCGGGAGCCCCGCCGCGUUGGAGGCCGCCACUCCCGUCCUGGAGGCGCUCAGCGCCCCCCGCAAGCUCUACCUGGUGCCCGGCGGGAUCGGCGCCGGCAGUAACAUGAAGAUGGUGCAUCAGGUGCUCGCGGCAAUCCAUAUCCUGGGCGCGAGCGAGGCGCACGGUCUGGCGGCGCGGUUGGGGUUGGAUGCGGCGCGCACGGCGGAGAGGAUUGUUUCUGGGGAGGCGUGGACCUGGAUGCAUGAGAAUCGGUCGCCCAGGAUUCUGGGGGGUGAAGGGGUUUGGAGUCCCGGGGUUAGUGCGGUGACUAUUAUUUUGAAGGAUGCGGGGAUCAUCACAACCUCGGCGAGAGAACAUCACUUCCCGACGCCGCUUUGUGCGACGGCGGAGCAGAUCUAUCUCUCGGCGCUGCUGCAGGGGGACGGGGCCAAGGAUGAUGCGGCGCUGGUCAGGCAGUAUUUUGCGGGGCCCGUGGCGGAGGUUGAUGCGUCUGCGUUGAGCGCGGAGGAGCAGGAGGAGCGGACGCAGCUGGUGCUCGAUCUGAUGGCCGCGGUGAAUCUGGUGGCGGCCGCGGAGGCGACCUCGUUUGCUCGGUUUCUGGGCGUGGAUUUGGCGCAGUUCUAUGAGCUGGUGAGUGAUGCAGCCGGCGGGAGUAAGGUGUUUGUCUCCCGGGGGUUGGAGAUGAUUGAGGGCAGGGUCGGCGAGAAGGCGCCGGCCGGGGCGGAGACGGUGGAUGCGCUCGCGCAGCGGUUGGAGAGGGUGGCUCAGAGGGCCAGGGACUUGCAUUGUCCGUUGCAUUUGGGGAAUGCGGCGUUGGGGGUCUUGUUGAUGGCUAAGAGGGCUGGGCUGGGGGGGUCGAGUAGUACCAGUGUCGUGGGUUUGUAUGAGGGCGGAGGCUCGAGGGGGAAGUUGUGA